UAGUAGUGGUCUGACGUCGGUAGUGGAUGGAACCGCUUUCACUCCACACUCGCGUUUGGGGAUCUUGAGAGUCUUCGGUGUAGAUCGAGCGAGAGAGGGAGGUUGUGGGACCCUCUCUUCUGCCCCUCUUCACUCUCCAUCACCUUCUCCCCUCUUGGUGGAGACGACGGAACACUCCAAUAGACGAUAAACAAAUCGAAAGAAAGUAGAGAAAAAGGAAAAAAAUUAAAAAAUAAACAUCAAAGUCGUGAGUGGGAAGCAGAAACUCCAGCCAUGAGACUAUCUGUGCUGGUGUUGGUGGCGCUGGCCCUCGCGGCAUCGCAGCCGGCGGAGGCGACGAGGACCAAGCGAACCAUCGGCAAGUGGUUCUCCGGACUCACGAAGCUGUGGAAGGGAGAGGAGGAGCCCGCGAGACCUCCGCGACCGGUGUACGUGGCUCUUCCUCAGCCUCAGCCCAUCUACCAUCCGCCACCUCCUCCGCCCACUCCCACGUACGGCCCUCCGCCUCCACCUUACGGAGGCGGCGGCGGCGGUUUCGGACACGGUGGUGGUGGCGGAUUCGGUCACGGUGGUGGUGGUGGUGGAUUCGGACACGGCGGAGGCGGCGGCGGUGGAUUCGUAGGAGGCAAAGGUCUCGGCGGUGGAUUCGUUGGAGGCAAAGGUCACGGCGGUGGUGGAUUUGUACACGGCGGCGGCAAGGGUCACGGAGGAGGUGGAUUCGGACAUGGAGGAGGCGGUGGCUUCGGCGGUGGCUUCGGCGGUGGACACGGAGGCGGACACGAAGGCGGACACGGCGGUGGACACGGAGGCGGACACGGCGGCGGACACGGCGGUGGACACGGCGGUGGACACGGAGGCGGCCACGACAUCCCUCACGGCUUCGGCCCCGUGAAGCACACCGACGUGGUGCACGCCGGCGACUCCUACAGCGCCCCUCCGCCCCCGCCCUCCGACACCUACAGCUCGCACUCCAUCCCGGCGAUCGUCGGCGGCGGCCACGGCGGGGACCUGAUCACAUCCGGCCCAGUCAUCCACUCCGGACCCGUCGUACCCCCUGCUCCAGCCACCCUCAUCCACAGCCCCCAGUCCCGGUGGUCCCCCUGCCCCGGCCCCCCAUCCCGUCCCCCACCCCGCCCCCGCGCCCCAUGCUGAGCCCAGCAACAGCUACCG